AAUCGUUACUGAAAAUAAUCUGCCAGUUCCUCUGGGAAUUUAAAAUUACAUUCAUAUGAAAGAGUUUAUUUUAAUGUUUUCUAUCCAUGUAACACUGUGACCAAAUACAUUAGGUUUUGUGAUUUUUCAAUCAAUCGCAAUCAACAGGAUAGCUUCUGAAGAUUAUUCUUCCCCAUCAGUAGAAUAUUUCCGUAUCCAAUAUUGGAUACAUAAAACCUUGUGCCUCCAACGUAACGCUCUCGUUUUCGAAGUUCUCCAAAUAUUCAUUCAUUCAGAAUGAAUUCAGAUUCAACUUCAUACAAAUGAUCUCUAAAUCAACGAUAGUCCUACGUCACCCUUGCAGUUAUACCAUAGAUAUAACCCACUUCCUGUUUUUUUAAGGUGAAAUUUAAUUCUGUAAACGUUAGAUGAUAAGUAAUUGAGUCUGAUGAAUAGACAUUUUGAAAAAAAAAUACAUUCAUUCAAAUCAUGUGGUUUUAUCUGUAAGGAAGUAGCGCCACGAGAAGCUUAUGAAGGAUUAUGACAGAUCAGUUUCUCGUGUCUUGCUACUUGUAACGAUACCGUGCUUAAUUCUUUUACUAACAAUGAUAACUGUUUGAAGAAAUACGUAGAUAAAUCAUCUCUUUUCCCCACCUGAUGUUCUUCGUACACAUUUCAGUCGAAAUGGAUCUUUCAAUGCCUGAUUCUGGAUGGACAACCAGUCUGUUUACAUUAGGCGUUACAUCAACGCUUGGAGUAUCCAUUCCAGUAGGUUUCAACCUAGGUGUUAUUAACGCCCUUUCCGAGUAUAUAAAGGAAUGGAAUAAUGCAACAUUGUAUGAACAGCACAGGAUAUCGUUUUCAACUAAUGCACUCAACACAGUUCUCGCAACGAUCGUAUCGAUUUUCUUGAUCGGCGGAGUGUUGGGUUCCCUCGGUGCUGCGUUCAUGGCGGAUAGGUUCGGCAGAAAGAAAUCGUACCUUCUUUGUGGCGUUCUACAAACACUGGGCGGCGUCUGUUUUCUGUGCUGUAGAACUUUUUCGUCCAUAACAGUAUUGUUGAUAGGUCGAAUUAUCGUCGGAAUAUCUGCGGGCCUUACAACUGGCAUUUUACCUAUGUAUUUAUCGGAGGUAUCUCCGACCAAGUUGCGUGGCACUAUAAGCACUCUCUGCGGGCUAGGUCUAACUGCCGGUGUAGUUGUCGGACAGAUUGCUAGCUUAGAACAAAUAUUGGGUACUGCCGACAAUUGGCAUCUCGCACUCAGUAGCUACACAUUACUUAAUGCUUUCUGUUUUCUGCCAUACUAUUGGUUGCCGGAAAGCCCGAAAUAUCUUUACAGUAUAAAGAAUGAUUCAGACGGCGCACUUCGAGAAAUUCGAAAGAUUUUCGGUCGCGACUCAAUUGAUGAUGAUUACAUUAAACUUCAAAUGGAACCCCAUACGAAGCAAGUAUCGAUAGAGAGCACCUCUCCAAAGCGCUCGUUCUGGUCAGUCAUGGCAGAUCCGAGUUUGCUAUUGCCAUUAAUGCUAGUAUGCGCUCUUCAAGGUGGUCAACAAUUGUCUGGAAUCAGCGCUGUGUUUUUCUAUUCAGUGUCAAUUUUUGAAUCCGUUGGUUUGAGUUCUUCAGUUGCCAAAUUUGCAAAUUUAGGAGUCGGCUGUUUGAAUUUAUUUAUAUCGUUCCUUGGACCAUAUCUAAUGGCGAAAUUUAACAGACGAACUUUAAGUCUACUUUCAAUCUCCUCAUGCGCUGUUAAUCUAUGCAGUUUAACGAUGGUUCUUCAGUAUAUCGAUGCAGUAUCUUGGUUCAAAUAUGCUUGUAUUUCUAUUAUUUUGCUGUAUAUAGUAGGUUAUCAAAUUGGCUUAGGCCCAAUACCCUUUUUUAUUGGAGCAGAGCUAUUCGAACAGAGUUCUCGGCCAGCGGCUAUGGCACUCGGAAGUUUAUCUUCAUGGGGUUGUAAUUUUUUGCUUGGUAUAUUUUUUCCAGUCAUGCAGAGCGCCUGGGGAGCAUUUGUGUUCGUUCCUUGCUCGUUAUCGUGUGCUUUGCUCACUACAUUCGUUAAAUACUAUCUUCCCGAGACACGAGGGAGAGACGUAAGCGAUGUUGCCGUGUUAGUAUCGAAAGGAUUCAAAUCGAAGGUGUUGUAGAACCAAACAGUCGUAGGGUUAUCUUGGCUAUAUAUUGUGCUAUACGGAUAUUAGUAGGAAUAAAACACGCUCUGAAGAAACAAAGUUAAAUGCAUGAAUAUUGAUUCAUACUUAUUAAUGCAGGGGAUAACGCACAGUAAAAGUAAUGUAAUAUAAUCUGGGCGGGAGAUUAAGGUACUACGUAACGGGAAGGACGUAAAUAAAGGAUUCGAAAACUAUUUAAAAAAAACACGGGAUUCAACACCAGAAAACAACAGCAUACACUCCGGAGCAAAACCGCAAACCGUUCCAUUGUCAAAGGUGCUCGUUGCAGGCAGGGCUGACAAAUACAUUCUAAGCUGAGGUCGUACACACAUCCGCUUAUUUACUAAACCGGCCCUCAACACAAGGCCAUGAUUUAACUCCUGAAAAGUCUGGUCCGAAAAGAAACCUUGUAAUAGGUUUUAUUUGGAAGAGAAAUAAAGUACAGUACGGCAGAGAA